AUAAUUGUCAAGUAUACAGGGUUUAUGACGGAAUACAAUACAAGGUCGGGGCGGCGUUUUCCCUCUAUUUCCUAUAUCGCGCGCCAAUUUCUGCCACUGACUCAGUUCAGUUCCACUGUUGUAGACGUCGUAUUGUUCCUUGUUCAGUAUGAGAGAAAUCGUAACUGUUCAAGUGGGGAAUUAUGCCAACUUUAUUGGCUCUCACUUCUGGAACUUCCAGGAUGAAUUACUUGGAUUGGCUGAAAGCCCUGAGAGUGAUCAAGUAUUCAUAAAUCAUGGUCUUGAUAUGGACGUGUUGUAUCGUACUGGUGAAACUCAGCAGGGCGUCCUUACAUACACCCCUCGAAUGGUCUCAGUAAAUUUUCAAGGGUCUCUUGGAUCUUUGAGUUCACGUGGAUCCUUGUACAGUCAAAUCCCAGCCAAAAGCUUGGAUGUUAUGACAUGGAAGGGUAGAGUCGCAACUCAUGCAUCUGAACCUUUAAGAAGGAAUCUCUUCUUGCAAAGUUUAAGUGAGGAAGAACAGGAGAGCAUGGACAAAGCCGCUUUAGACAAUAGGAACGGCAGUUCUCAGGGUGAAAUUCAAGAUAAGGAUAUCGUUGAAUGUUUGGAAAGUGAUGUUCAAUAUUGGACAGACUUUUCAAAAGUGCACUAUCAUCCACAGAGUUUGUAUGAAUUAAGUGGAUUAUGGGUAGAGAUUCAGGAUUUCGAUAAUUAUGCACUCGGGAAGGAUGCAUUUUGUGGACAUCAACACGGUGAAGAAAUAGAUGAUAGGCUUCGUUUCUUCAUCGAAGAAUGUGAUCAUAUUCAGGGGAUACAAUGCGUUGUUGAUGACUCUGGAGGGUUUUCUGGUGUAGCUGCAGCAUUUCUGGAGAACAUUGCAGAUGAGUACCCAAACGUCCCAGUUUUACUAUAUAAUGCGCGUAAUCCUAGUUUGAACAUGGAUUCCAAAGGCCGCAAGCAAGCUAUCUCGCGUAAUCUUCACGAUGCAGUCUCAUUUUCAAGGCUAUCAGAGUUGUGUAAAUUGAUUAUCCCUGUUGGUCUGCCCUCCUUGAGUGGAAGUAGAGCUUCCCAGUUUCUCUGCAUUAAAGACGAAAAGCCUUACCACUCCAGUGCAGUGUAUGCGUCUGCUAUGCACUCGUUUAGUCUUCCUUUUAGGAUGAAACAAUCUGGGCCUUCUGCCGAAUCAAUCUGUACAUCUGGUGCUCUAGAUAUGUACGGAAUUGUACAAAUGCUAGCUGGCCAAAUGAGGCAGAACAUGGUAACUGUAUUGGAUUUUGCCAUGCCAGCACCUUCUUUAAGUGUAAACCAGGCUCAGCAGUCCUUACUCCGAAGUUUGCAGCCCUUGACUCCAGAUGUAGCAGAAGAUGUUGAAGAUUUACAUGCAGUGGAAACAAUGAACAUUCAUGGAGCAGUUACAUCUGGAAACCAAAGGGCCUCAAUUUAUGAAGUUAAGGAUGCAGUUCAGGCUGCAUAUGAUAGUUCAAUGACGAUGCCCAAAUUCUCACACCUAUCAGUUGCUACUUGUCCUCUUCCGAUACCCUUGCCUUUCCCUUCGAUCUUUGGCAAUAUGGUUGGCCAACAUGGUGAGCUAUUGGAGACCCCAAUUUCAGGUUCCUCAUCUAGGGGAUCUCUUGAAGUCCAAUCCAUUCCUAUGGUAACAAGAUUACGUUCAAGCACUGCUGUUUUGCCCUUUUUGGAAAGUAAACUUGGAAACCUUCAUAAGUUUGGUAUUGACCGAGGAGCCCUUGGGGCGCCAUUGCUCCAAAGUUGGGGUUUUGGAAAAGAUGAAGUGGAAGACAUGGGAGAGACGCUGUCUAAGUUGGUAGUGACACUGAAGCCUCAAUAUUCCUCUGAUUCAGAUUGAAUUUCAAGGAGCAUAUUUUAUUUUUGAGUGCUAAUGGGAUGAUUCUUCCGGGUAUAUGCAAUUUGUACACCCUUUUUGAGUCAAGUCAUAUCUUUUUCCAUUGCUUUUUUUGGGUGUUGACUUGCUUUAGCCAGAUGGGUUAGAGGUGAAGAGGAUCCCUUAUUUUGUUAUUCCUUUUUCUUUCUGAAAUUAAUGUGUCUUUUUCUAUCUGUAACAAAAGAAGUACAAAAUCUAACUUAUUGAUCAAUGCAAGGUAUAGUUGGUAACUCCAUUGAGGAUGCCAGUUUUUAUCA